GGUUUCAGGAAGCUCUUAUACUGCAAUUAGUUGGCCUCUCCGAGAUCCCAGUUAGUUUUUCGCUCUGUUUCUGGUUCUGUUUCGCCACCAGGAAGCGGGCGACAGCAGCAGGUAAUUGAUAUUCCAUCUGCCAGCGAUACCAGACCCUUGCGGUCUGCUCUUCUGCCCAAGGGAAACAAGGGAGGGGACUGACGACUGGCUGGCGUACUCCGCGGAUGGCCGAGCAGACCUACUUGGCCAUGCCAAGCCAAGUCCACUUCGAGUACAGUUAAUUGGUUUCAUUGACCGCCGACUAAGGCGCGCAACGGCUUCCGUGGCCAACUGGUAAACCUGUUGUUGGCGCUCUAAUCCAUGCUAGCACUUGGUCGUUGGCCCCUUGGAGGCUCUUAUUAUGAAUAUCUUAAUAACCCAAGGACUGGCUGGUGACGACCCAAAGGGCCUGCCUGAUAGGCAGGACACGAUAACAAGCGGGAAACCGAGAAGAGCAGCUGCUGCCGGAGGACCAGGCACAAAUUGCGGUCAACAUUAAUUAAAAAUACGGUUUGGGGUGACCCGCGCAGAUUUCCCAGGCGCAGAAUGGGCGGCUGGAAUGGAGCAGGGGACGCGACUGACGAAACUGCGGAUCAAGCACAAUGCAAAAAAGUUAAGGGCCGUCGCCCGCAGGAAAGUCCCAGCAAAAGUGCAGCUCAACUGGUAGCUGUGGCCGCCCGUCCCAUUCUCCUUCGAUGCCCUCCAUUCCCCGAUUCCCUGGAGCAGCUCGGUGCACCACAAAGUUGGAAAUUAGUUUGUUUUUCUGUCAAGGUGCUGGUGGAGCUACUUGGAUUUUUGGCUUUGUUGGCUUACAUUCCCAGUGCCUACAUCGUCCGUUGCCUGUUGGACAAGGACAGGGACACAAGGACACAGGGCAGGAGGAGGCAGGAUCAGGAUGGCAAGCCACAGCGUGCAUCGCGCCAGGACAGCAGGAAAAGAUUUCACAUCUAA